AUGAGUUUCGAUAUAGUUCUCGAAAAACUUGCUUCGGAUAUUGUACCUACGAACAUACGUUAUCUAUUUUAUAUGGUUACACCAAAUGAGACGCUCUACACAAAGAUAGAAGACAUACCAAAUUAUUUUCUGGAACCGGGAGCAGCAUGGAUGUUCUUGUUGGUUGUCUGUGAAUAUUUGAUAACUGAUGUGAUGCUGGGCAAGAAAAAGUACGCAUUCAACGAUGCGAUCACAUCGAUGAAUAUAGGAUUGCUGUUCCUUCCUCAUCAACAAUAUACCGUUUCUCAUAGAGAAAUCUUCAUUCUUCUCCCUUUUCAUUUCAGAAGCGGGGGUCGCUUUCUUGCAGCUUCAUUCUAUCCGAUGGUGUACAAUCGACUGCACGUCAUAGAUCUUCCAGACAACUCGGCUUUUACGUGGUUACUGUGCCUUUUCACACAGGAUUUCGUCUUCUAUGUCGGUCAUAGAGCUAUACAUGAAGCUGGGGUAUUCUGGUCCUUCCAUCAAACUCAUCAUUCAUCUGAGUACUACAACUUUACUACUGGUGUACGGAUGGUAGCGAUCCAGCCUAAACUCGAUGUUAUUCUACUAAAUCCUAACCAAUUGAGGACGUUGCGAAUGACGUUUUUCGACCUGCUUCAAGCCGUUGCCAUCCCACCUAACGUAUUUAUAGUUCACCGCACUAUGGUUAUCGUCUUUCAAUUCUGGCUUCACGCGAGUGUAAGACUUAUUCGAAUAACUAGGACCAAAUAUGCAAAAGCGAUCCUGAUAGUGAAUCUUCAGUGCAUACCUCCACUCGGCCCACUUGAGUACAUAAUUUGCACUCCGUCCAGCCACCGUGUUCAUCAUGGCAGGAACCCGUACUGCAUCGACAGGAACUAUGGCGGCGUUUUCAUCAUAUGGGACAGACUUUUUGGCACAUACGCAGCGGAGCGCAUGGACGAGGAGAUCGCGUUCGGACUUGUUACCCCAGUGAAAUCAUUCAAUGUUCUGUGGUGUGAGUUCUUCGAAUUCAAGGCUAUGGGCUACGAUAAAGGUCAGAUGAGGAACGAGAAAAACGAAGAGGUUUUUCCAGGUUUAUGGAACAAGGUGAAAGCUGCUUUAUGGCCGCCAGCAUACUUACCAGGAAUGAAAACAAAACCGUUCUUUUUAUGGUUAUGUCUGAAGGAUCACACAGAUGGAGUUCCUGAGACGCCUUUCACUGAUCUUUGA